CGAAAUCCAUUGAAAAAAGAAAACCAUUCCAAUACUCACUCUCUCUCCGGUGUCUUCUCUGUUACGUCGUCGUUUCACAGCCACCGCCACAACCCUUCGACUUUCGAAAACCCUAACCCCACUCUCAUACUCCCUCUUUUUCAUUAUUUGAGAUUUCGAACUUCUACCAUCUUCCCCAAAGUUUGCUACCAUGGCUGGGUUGGCACCGGAAGGAUCACAAUUUGAUGCUCGUCAAUAUGAUGCUAAGAUGAAUGAGUUACUUGGAACUGAUGGACAAGAUUUUUUUACUUCUUAUGACGAAGUUUGCGAAAGUUUCGAUGCCAUGGGACUGCAGGAGAACCUUCUGAGGGGUAUUUAUGCAUAUGGUUUCGAGAAGCCCUCUGCCAUUCAGCAAAGGGGGAUUGUUCCUUUCUGCAAGGGGCUUGACGUAAUUCAGCAAGCACAAUCUGGAACUGGAAAAACUGCUACAUUUUGUUCUGGAAUUUUGCAGCAGCUUGAUUACAGCUUAGUGGAAUGCCAGGCUCUGGUUCUUGCUCCCACUCGGGAGCUUGCUCAACAAAUUGAGAAGGUCAUGCGAGCACUAGGGGACUAUCUUGGUGUCAAGGUUCAUGCUUGUGUUGGUGGGACCAGUGUUCGUGAAGAUCAACGCAUCCUCUCAAGUGGGGUUCAUGUUGUUGUUGGUACACCUGGUCGUGUAUUUGACAUGCUGCGUAGGCAAUCUUUGCGCCCUGAUAACAUCAAGAUGUUUGUAUUGGAUGAAGCAGAUGAGAUGCUCUCUCGAGGUUUCAAGGAUCAGAUCUAUGAUAUUUUUCAGCUGUUGCCACCUAAGAUCCAGGUUGGAGUUUUCUCUGCCACAAUGCCUCCUGAAGCCCUGGAAAUCACAAGGAAAUUUAUGAACAAACCUGUGAGGAUUCUGGUAAAACGUGAUGAGCUUACCUUGGAGGGAAUUAAGCAAUUUUUUGUCAAUGUAGAUAAGGAGGAAUGGAAGCUCGAGACACUAUGUGAUCUUUAUGAAACUUUGGCAAUCACUCAGAGUGUUAUCUUUGUGAACACCAGACGCAAGGUAGAUUGGCUCACAGACAAAAUGCGGGGUCGUGAUCACACAGUUUCAGCUACUCAUGGAGAUAUGGACCAAAACACAAGGGAUAUAAUUAUGCGGGAAUUCCGUUCUGGGUCCUCCCGUGUUCUUAUUACCACAGAUCUUUUGGCCCGUGGUAUUGAUGUCCAGCAAGUCUCACUUGUUAUAAAUUAUGAUCUGCCAACUCAGCCAGAGAACUAUCUUCAUCGAAUUGGUCGUAGUGGUCGGUUUGGGAGAAAGGGUGUUGCUAUCAAUUUUGUGACCAAGGAUGAUGAAAGGAUGCUGUUGGACAUCCAAAAGUUUUAUAAUGUUGUGAUCGAGGAGCUGCCAGCCAAUGUAGCUGAUCUCAUUUGAUUUGGUCUUUGCUUCAUUGGUAAUGCUUUAAUUAUGGAGGCCGCAGUCAUUAUUUUAUUGUCAUGGCCCAGGGCCUUUCUCUAGCAAGAUUUGAACUUAACCCCAAACCAGUGGAUUUGAAAUGGGCAUUUUGAUCUCUAAUUUUGGGUCUAGCAGAAUGCGUUGUCGCAAUUUUGUUUUGUUUGUUUGUAUCUGUCUUGCUAAAGAUUGUUGAUUGCCGGUUUCUCUGUGUUUUGUUUUAAUAUCUGUGAGGGUGGUUGUGUAAAUUUAAAACUUUUCUAUCUUUACGUUGGAAAUGUACUGGACUUGUUCUCAUUGUCA